AUGUCAAAGACUCUCGCUGUCAUCGGCGCCACUGGAAAACAAGGCGGCGCUGUCAUAGACUUCGUCCUCAACGACCCAGAACUGUCAAAGCAAUACAAGAUCCGCGCCAUCACCCGCGAUGUCGACUCUGAGAACUCCAAAAAGCUCAAAGAGCGGGGUAUUGAAGUCGCACAGGGCGACUUAGCUGACCCUAACUCUAUCAAGACUGCUCUGAAGGGAGCACACACUCUCUUCUUCAUGACGACUCCUGCUUGGACUGCUACCGAUCUGAAGCCUGAGUUUGACGUCAUCAAGAAGACAGCUGAUGCAGCUGUUGACGCUGGCAUUGAGUACAUUAUCUUUAGCAGUCUUCCUAGCACUACAGACGUCUCUGGUGGGAAGUACACCGCCAAUCAUCCCUUCGAUGCUAAGGCUGAGGGCGAGAAGUACAUUCGUACACUUCCCGUUAAGAGCGCCUUUGUCCGCCUGGGAUUCUUCCUCGAGAAUAUCAUCCAAGUCCCUCUCUGGGCUCCUCAGAAGGACGAGAGUGGCAAAUGGGUUGUAUCUCUCCCAUUCACCCCCGAGACUCGCAUCCCAUGGAUCGACAACGGCAGCAAUUGCGGCAGUUUCGUCGGCGCAAUUCUAGCCGAGCCUGAAAAGUAUGAAGGCGUAGGCUUUGAUGCAGCUGCUGGGUUUUAUAGCCUAGAGGAGCUUGUCGCUAUUGAGAGCAAGGUUACUGGCAAGGAGAUCACUUAUAAGCAAAUAUCUUCUGAGGAUUUUGCUGAGAAGCUACCCAUCCUAAAGGAUGUCUACGUGCAAGCCUUUAAAGCUGGCCAGGAGUUCGGAUACUAUGGUGCUGAUGGAGAGAAGUCAGUUGCUUGGGGUGUUGAGAGAGCGAGAGGCAAGCUUGUUACUCCUGAGGAGUUCUUCAAGGCGAACCCUCUCAAGUUGGAGUGA